AUGACCGCUAUAAGUUUUGCUUCUUCUACUGAGCCUAGGCAUCAUCCGGAUUGUUGUAUGGCCAUCUCGCAGCCCCUGCUCCACAAUCUGGCCAACCUCCUACCUCAUGGCCCAGCCAUCUCUGUGCUUAGCAUCGGCAGUGGUACCGGCCUUCUUGAAAGCCUGCUUUCGCAACUGCUCGAGGACUCAUACGACGUUUGCGGUGUGGAAGUCUCUCCAAAUGUCAACAAGUAUCUACCCGAGCAGAACAUGUUCUUCGUGGGUGGUACAUGGGACCUCUGUUCGCAAGCAGGUAAAUCUCAUGCCUGGAUCUUUACAUAUCCUCGCGAAUCUAAAUUGAUCGUGCAAUACCUCGAAUUACACGAUCAUGCCAAUCUCUCUAAGAUCAUCUGGCUUGGGCCUAAGAUGGAUUGGCAGGAUUAUGAAGGUGUGUUUGCUUGCUCAAGAUUCAGUCAUCUCACAAUCUUGGAAGACUGUGGAGCAGCAGCCUACGAGAUGGUCGUUGUGGCAGAGCCUUGA